AUGGCUCUGUUGAAACUGCCUAGUGAAAUACUAGAAGACAUUAUCCAUCUUUCUUCUGCAGUGGAAAAGAAAGAUACACACCAAUUUCAUGGCUGGCGAUACCCCGAAUACACACACGUGGAUCUUAAGAAUAUCGCACUCUGUUGUCGGUACCUUUAUAUUCUUGUUGCACCAUUUUUAUGGCGAUAUAAAGAAUUCAUCCUACCUCGUGAAGACGAUGAAAAGCACCAACGUCAUAUCAAGGUACAAAUGGCCACCGACCUUCUUUCUAAACGAGCUCUUUUCCAAAAAAACUAUGCUUUAGGCGAUUACGUUCGUUCCCUCAGUCGAGAUUUAACCAACGGUCCUCAUUACGACUUGUCCAAUUCGCAACUCAUGGCACAACUCGUGGUAAACCUACGUGCGCUACGGAUUGAUUUUCAUCCCAAGGAAAGAAGCGAGUUGUAUGGCUUGCGUUACUUCUUUGAAUAUUGUCCUCAUUUGAGUGAAUUAUACUUGACUCACUGUAGAGAUACCUUUGAUGAUUUCUUGGCCUUGAUCGAGUUUCAACCUCCCUUAAUAUCUUUGACCCUGACGGAUUGCACAAUCAAGGAAAGUACAUUUGCUCAAUUUCCCAACAGUCUAAACAGGCUUCAACAUUUGUUAUUACAACAGGUUCUUAUCGAACCUUCCAUACCCACUAAAUCCAAUACACACUUAAUUGACCCAAACCAAUUCAUUCACCCAUUUCAUUAUCUCAACAGCAAAUCCACACCCAUCCCUUCCUCUCUCUAUCAAUCUUUCUUUACACAGCAAUCCCUGACCCAUCUGGCACUCAACGACUCUGUCUCGCAUUCACUCGUAUCCGACAUUGUUCAUCAUUCGCCACUGUUAGAGAAACUCGCUAUUGUACUGCAUGAUUUGGACCCUCUGCAUGUCUCCCAGUGCAUCCACCAUAUCAGCCAAUUAUCUAGAUUAUCCAUCCUCUCCUUGGCCUUUCGUAAAUACUAUCCAUUGUCCAAGGAGUGUGAAAAGUUGCCUUGUCACGUGCCUAGCGCCACCUGGCUGCACUUUGCUUCUCACUUUCCACAUCUCACCCUUCUCUAUAUCUCCGCUACACGGCUCUUAGUCGAUGCAAAUUUCAUACCCACUCUACUACACACGAGUCCUCAUCUCUCCAAUAUUAUCAUUCAUAACAUGGCACUUGUUGUCAGCCCUAUUGAUCGUAGUGAAGAAGAAGAAAACGUGAGGGAUAUGUAUCUAAGAGAGUGUGAAUCCUUGUUGUUUGACGUAGAGGACUGGACAGAUCACCGAAAUGAUCUGUAUACGUAUGAAGAAGCCAAGGAAAGAGGGUAUAGAUGUUUUGAUGAGACAGAUCGAGUAUGUUUUAUCAAAGGCUUUUUGUGA